AUGGAUACCUCUGGAGCAGGCUUUAUCAACGAUCAUGGGUAUUUGAUCAAUUUUAUCGCCAAAAUGAACCAGAUGCGAAAAACUGAGGUGUUAUGUGAUGUCGUGCUAAUGACAGAGAAUGGAAACACAAAGUUCUAUGCGCACAGAGCUGUUCUUGCCGCAAGCAGUGAAUAUUUUUACAAGCUCUACACGGGUACUUCGCUAUCAAGGUACCACAGAGAAACAAUUCUACAAGGCAUAACAGACUCUGUUCUUCAGGUUGUUGUAGAUUACAUCUACUCUGCUCAUAUUGUUCUUACUGAAGUAAACAUUGAAGAGAUACUUUGCGCUUCUUUUCAGCUCGGAUUAGAAUCACUAAAACUUGAAUGUGAGCAGUUUCUCAUUCGUCAUAUUUCCGUCGAGAACUGCAUCAAAAUGACGGCUAUGGCUCGCGUCUACUCAUGCGAGAAACUUCUGCGGGAAGGAAAGCGAUUUAUGCCAGAAAAUUUCUUGGAGAUUCAAAACUCGGAGGAAUUCUUCAAAAUGCCAAAAGAGCAACUGGAAGAAAUUAUCGCAGACGAUGACUUAAACGUGAAAAAUGAGGAACAAAUUUUCAAUUCAAUUUGUGCGUGGACAAACUUUGAUGUUAUUUCAAGGCGUGACUCAUUUUCCGACUUAUUGAGUCACGUGCGACUGCCUUUCAUUGCACGAACCUUUCUGCUCGGCACGAUCGAUAAGGAUCCGUUGGUCACAUCAUCUUCGGUUUGUAAAGAAAUAGUAGCCGAGGCCUUGUCUUACAAAAUGGCUGGCCACAAGGAGAAGAAAUUGCUUCAGAAUGAGAGAACGAAACGGAGGUAAAAUGUGUAGUUAGAGCAAUUUUCGAAUGAUUGUCGAAAUUUAUCUAGAAUUGCAUUGGUUUUGCCUAGCUUCUUUCUGUGAUUGGUCCAGAAAACUCGUGCCACCCUCUUGACAAAUCAGAAGCGAAAGUGAAACCGAUCACGACUCUGUCACCCUCGUUUUCCCGCACUUUAAAUAGUUUGGUUGGUUUUACAGUAAAUUCUCGUUGGCUCUCAAAGAUAUCUUUCCCCCCUCUGAUUGGUUGUUGUUAAGACGCUUAACUGAAAAGUGCUCUAGUCAGAGCUAACUCAUGUUGGUCAUAAAAAUUCACAUUCGCCGUAAAUUAAGUUUGUGUAGGGGGGGUGACCUACUGGUUGGCGCGCCAGAAAUCAGACCGAGAGGUCCUCGAGCGAACCUGGCUGUUGUGUUCUGAUCUUAGGCAAGCAACCGCGAUGAGAUCCGUUUGGAAUGGGUCCCAGGUUCGAAAGACUCAGCUUACGUCUAAAGGUUCCCUAAUAAACAUUUCUUUAUGUUUUUCAUGAUGGUCGGUUCAAAUGUCCUUGAAAUCCUUUGUCUUUUUGAGAAUACCAGGUGGAGGUCUCAGUUGACAGAUGUUAUCAUCCUAGUGGGUGGAGUCAUCGAAAAUGGCGUCCAAGCUUGCUGUCAUUGUUUCAAUCCGCUGACCAAUAAAUGGCACUGCCUGUCUCCAGUGAUUGACAGUCGAUUGAACUUUGGCAUGACCAGGUUACAUCGCUGGUUGUUUGUCGUGGGUGGUUCCACUUCUGGAGAGAAUAUGAAUGUUCUUUCGACUGUAGAAAGGCUGGACCCAAAGUUCAACACUUGGGAGAAAGUCGCCUCACUUACGUCAGGUAAAAGUGGUAAACCGAUUUAUAAGAAAGGUCUGGGAAGAAAAGUGCUAGCUUUCUUGAGAUGCUAUAUGCUCUAUGAAAAUGAAUUCGGUUCUGUAGUUAGUCCUAUGCUAACUCAAGAGCUGUUUUACCCAGGGGAGGAAGAAGAACGUACAGAGAGAAGAAGGAUCAAGGGUAGGAAAACUUAAACACAAGGAUGAAAGCAACAAAGUAUGAAAGCAGACAGCAUAACCCUAACACACCAAUUCUAGCCAAAAGAUCGAUUCAGAACAGGAAUAUCUUUCAUCGCUGAUGACCUCUAAGUUAAUUGUCAUAACAAGGAAUAAGAAAUAUCCGUUUUUGUUUUGUUUGAUUUCCAGGUCGCUUUAACCACGAGACCAUCGAGCUCGAUGGGAAAAUCUACGUCGUGGGAGGGGUCCUGGGAAACAGUAAUAAAGAGCAAACCAUGGAGUGUUAUGAUCACGUGACUGAUUCUUGGUCCUCACUGUCCUCACCCCGUCAGACCCGUUAUACACACUGCGCUGUUUCUUUGGAUGGAUAUAUCUAUGUUAUUGGAGGUAUAGUUCGACUCUAAAUGAUAAAAUACUUCUUACCAAACUGACUAAUUCGAGUUUCCUUUCUUGUCGAUUGUAUACCUCUUAAUUCUUUGAUAGCUUCAGAAUAAUUUUUUACUUUCCAACAUUUUGUUUUAGCAUUAAAUGUUAAGAUUUAGGCAAAUUGAGGUGACACUAGACCCUUGAAUCAUAUUAAAAAAAAAAGCUGCAAAGGGAUUAUCUUAACAUGCCGACUGCAAUUCGAUCGGUAAAGGUCCAAAGGUGUAGAUUCCAUUUUAAUAAGGCACAUAACGCUAAAACCAUAUGGUAGACUUUUACCCCACGAAAAAAAUUAUUAGAGAUUUUUGAGCAAAAAUAAGCAUGUUUACAAGGUUAAAAAAAGAAAAUGUUUUGCUGUAUUGAUUGAUUAAAGAACAAGUAUAACAAACAAAGAAACCGACGAGAGCCUUAGUAGAACACUCUCUUCAUUUGAUUCCACAACGAACAUUCAGCUGUGAAGCUCUUAUUAUAACAUUCUCCUAAAGGAAUAUCCAAAAAUAACACAGUCCUGAAAACAGUAGAGAGAUAUGACCCGCAUCAAGCUAAAUGGACCCGUGUGGCUAAUCUAAACACGCCGCGAAGCGGAGCAUGCACAGUGGUACUCUCAGGUCGGAUCUACGUCAUGGGAGGCGGGUCAGAUUUUCGCAACAUUUUGAGUUCCUGUGAGAUUUACGAGCCAAGCAGAAAUAAAUGGACCUACGGGAAAGGUAAGUGGAAUUUCGUUUCAAAUAUUUCAGUACUUGAAGUUACCAACUUUCCGUAGGUUAAAACAUAAAUUCAGCUUAUUUGUAACAUAUCGACGUUCUCGUCACUCGCAUGCGUGAGCUCUGAGAACUAGAUUGAUAUCAUUGUUGACUCGUUUGAUAAGUGUUAGGAGAAACCUAACCAUUGUGUUUGCUAAUUUAAGCAAAACCCUUGAAACUUGGCUUUCUCGCUGACUGUAUUUCCUAUUUCGUAUCUUGUAACAUCAAUCUGACAAAUCUGGAUACUAAAUCAGACUUGGCAGACAAACUUUUCAAAAAUUGAAGAGAUUGGAAUUUAAAAAAGGCGGACAUUGCCAGGAAAUAAACCAGAAGAAAGCUUUUCAAGUUUGCACUAUUUUACGUCAUUGAAAAAUUAAGGAUAUCUUAAAUAAGACUCUCCAUUUCCUAAAUUAGACAUGAACACCAAGCGUGACCGCGCAGGCGCAGCAGCAUUUGGCGGGAAGAUCUACGUGUUCGGUGGUUCUUAUGGUCACGUGGCAGUGACAUCAGUGGAGUGUUAUGAUUGGCGGGUAGACCAGUGGAACAUCAUAACAGAGUUACCUUACCCACGGUACGGGUUUCGCUGCACAAAGACUGUCGUCAGUAGGGACAUGAUGGCGGAGGUUCUUCCUCUAAAGCCGAAAGAACCUGCCCAGGAAAAGUUGAUCUAGAACAGGCGUAGAUCUACGUAAAGAUUUUUUUUCACCAUGCAGCAUAAGCAUUUCUUGAAAUGUUAACUCCUUGGAUUUUAAGGUUUUUUCUCCAUCCGCAAAUAUAAGCUUCAUUAAUCUACGCGGUUUUGUGCGCGCUCAAAAGUAAUGAGCGGCAAAGUCGCAUCUGGGUCAGUAUCCACACUCCUAGUGUAUCUUUACUUGAUAUUUUGCAUCCAAACUUCACGCAACUUUGCGGCUAAGAUUCAUGGCUCGGCCGCUACACACCAAAAUCCCACACAAAACCACUAAAUAGGCAGUCUAAAGCUUCCGCAGGAAAAAUGAAACCUUUCAAAUGCAACACCACCAAAAUUUACGGCACAUCUACAUAUUGGUCCAAUAAAACCCUCUUGGAGGUGGGUUUCUUCCCUGAUUAAUCAUUUAGGAUAUUCGCAUUCUUAACUGAACUUUCGGCGAUAAAUUUGGGACAAAACUUAAAAUUCUCAGUAUUCAAAUGAGACAUUGAUGCUCACCGGAAGUAUAGCAUUGAUUGAAAACUGCUUUUCCGGUACAGGGUAACGCCCACUUUUAAAUUACUAUCUAUGCAAUAUAAGUGACGCCUGUGGUUCUGAUAUCUGUCUAUUUGUGAGGUGAGUUCAACAUUGCUAUAUUGCAGUUUUCAUCAGCUCUAAGACUUUGAAAUGCAAAUCAUAUGAGGAACAUUGGACGUUUCAAACAACACAUAAUCACUGAGGAUUAUUAUCCGAGAAAUCUAAAAGUAGGAAUAUUCGGACAAAAUUUCAUCACAAAACAGAAAUAGUUAGAAG